AGCCUGCCGCUGCCUUGGCUACGGGGCUCCUCAGGUGGCGGCGUCUGUAGUGGGGCUACGGAGGCCGGGUUGCCGGGAAAAUAUUUGAGAAGCUCAUGGAGUAAUAUGAGUCAGAGUAAUAUAGGAUCUGCAGGAAGUCCCUCAAGAUAGUUGGAAAAGAAGAAUUUAUAGACUCUUCAUCAAGAUCUUCAUUUAUACAGCUGUUAGAUCCAAGGCUACAGUAGUGGUGAAACCAUGAAUAAAAAUACAUCUGCCGUAGUAUCAUCCUGUCUACUUGAAAAGGAUCCUGCCUUUCAGAUGAUUACAGUUACCAAGGAGACAGGCCUUGGUCUGAAGAUCCUAGGAGGAAUUAACCGGAAUGAAGGUCCCUUGGUAUAUAUUCAGGAAAUCAUUCCUGGAGGAGACUGUUAUAAGGAUGGACGUUUGAAGCCAGGAGAUCAACUUGUCUCAAUAAACAAGGAGUCUAUGAUUGGUGUAUCAUUUGAAGAAGCAAAAAGCAUAAUUACCAGAGCCAAGUUGAGGUCAGAAUCUGCUUGGGAGAUAGCAUUCAUAAGACAGAAAUCUCACAGCAGUCAUUUAGAAAAUCCAUCGUGUUCAUCCCUUUUACAAGCUACAGAAGAAUAUGGACCUCAAGCCUCAAAAUUUAGUCUUCUUUCUUCUCCCCCUGAAAUACUAAUUCCAAAGACCUCAUCCACUCCCAAAUCUACAGAUGCCAUUUUAUCUUCUUUUAAGAUAAAUCAGAUAAAAACUGGAUACAAGAAAACAGAACAGAUUCCAAUUACUUCUUCAGACAACAGCCCUACAGAUAUGCCUAAUACAGAUAUUGCCCCUGCCUUGACUGAUAAUUAUGGACCACAAGGAAAGAAGGUUUCCCUAAAUCCCUCUGUUCGCCUUAAAGUAGAGAAACUGGAAAUGGCUCUAAAUUAUCUUGGUAUUCAGCCCACAAAGGAACAACACCAAGCCCUGAGACAGCAAGUGCAAGUAGACCCAAAGGGGACAGUGUCUUUUGGAGAUUUUGUCCAGGUUGCCAGAAACUUGUUUUGCUUGCAUUUGGGUGAAGCAAAUGUUGGUGCACAUGAAAUUUCCAACAUAUUAGACUCACAGCUUCUUCCCUGUGAUUCCUUAGAAACAGAUGAAAUGGAGAGGCUUAAACAUGAAAGAAAUGAUGCCUUGGAAGAAGUGAAUACACUUAAGGAAAAAUUAUUUCAAUCGGAAAGGCAAAGGAAACAAUUGACAGAAGAACUCCAGAAUGUGAAACAAGAAGCCAAAGCUGUGGUCGAAGAAACAAGAGCCCUGCGAAGUCGGCUUCAUCUUGCCGAAGCUGCACAGAGACAGGCACAUGGAAUGGAAAUGGAUUAUGAAGAAGUGAUCCGUCUGUUAGAGGCCGAGAUUACAGAGCUGAAAGCUCAGCUUGCUGAUUAUUCUGACCAAAAUAAAGAAAGUGUUCAGGAGUUAAGAAAGCGAAUCACAGUACUUGACUGCCAAUUACGAAAAUCAGAAAUGGCUCGAAAAACUUUUGAGGCAUCCACUGAAAAGCUUCUUCAUUUUGUAGAGGCUAUUCAAGAAGUGUUUUGUGAUAAUUCUCUUCCUUUGUCAAAUUUAAGUGAAAGAAGAGCUAUGUUAGCUUCCCAGACGUCCCUCAUGCCACUGGGAAGGAGUGGACGUAACACCCCAGCAACGCUGGCACUUGAAUCGAAGGAACUUGUUAAAUCUGUCCGUGCCAUACUUGAUAUGGAUUGUCUACCUUACGGGUGGGAGGAAGCUUACACAGCAGAUGGAAUCAAGUACUUCAUCAAUCACGUAACACAGACUACAUCCUGGAUGCAUCCCGUGAUGAGCGCACUGACCCUGUCCUGCUCAGAGGAGAAUGAAGAGGAUUGCUCCAGAGAACUUCCUGACCAGAAGAAUUGAUGGUUUUCUGUGGGAAGCUGCGGUCCAUGGUCUUCUGGCAUCUCCGUCGACGUGGAGGGCUCUGAGAUGCGACAUCUAAAAUAGGAGGAAAACACACACUACUUAGUGAAGUUGUGAAAUGGAGACUGGAUUUAAGCUAUUUUUGUAAAACUUUUUGAUAUAACUGUAUACAUUUACAAAAUUAAUUGCCACUACAGUAGUUCUUUAGGAAUAAUCUAG